AUGGCGCGAGCUGUGGCAUUCUGGUCUUCAGCACUCCAAGUGCGACGGGCCCAAGGACCUCUAAAGAUGGAUCCUGCUGGCAUCGGAUGCUUCAAAUAUGAGUUUGACACCGACUUUCGUUGCACAGCCUUGCAAACACCCACCUGCGGCGGAGUCUCUGUACCAGCGAAAUAUUUGAGGGGAGGCCGCGCUUGUUCCCAGACCUGUGUGCCGAGUUACUCGUGCUCCGGCAAUUGCGUCUCAGGUAAUACCUGUGCAUGUGACGUGGAUGUGUGGCAAAACGACAGCUCAGGAUACUGCUGCUCACUCUCUCCUGGAGCAAGUUGUCCAAGUGGCUGUUCAGUGCAGACGGCUGUCAAGGUUGGCAGUGGAACUACAGGUGGCUUUGUGUGCGAAGCAGAUUGUACCGAGACAUCAGAAGGUCAAGGUGCAGAGAAUGAAGAUCUGCACAUUUUCGUCACCAUCAAGGAUUCUGUCGAAUGCCAAAACUCGGAUGCUCUCUUGGCAUUUGCUAUAUCCUGUGCUGUUGAUCAGUGCGAUCGACCUAUCUUUGGAACCAUCAAUUUUUGUCCAUUGAAGCUGGUUACAGACGACAUCAACAUGCUGGUCUCCACGGCCAUUCAUGAAUUGGCUCAUGUCCUGGUUUUCAGCAACACGCACUUCCAGAACUUCCGCUACUCCAAUGGCUCGCCAAUCAUUCCUCGAUUGGUAGAGGAUGAGACUCGAUUCCAGGACGAGGUCAUCUACACUUGCAGCAGUUCUGGCUAUCAAUGGAAUGUAGCAGCGGGAAACUUGAGGUAUGUAGACAUCAGCCCGACAAUUGUGAACUCCUUUUCAGAGAGGGGCUACAAUUGCCAAUGUCCUAUUGGUAAAAGCGACAUUGCUGCAGGAUGCUUUUAUCCUUCUCCACCAUUCCUUCAACUUCCUAGCUGCGUGCUUCGAAUGACAACUCCAACUGUCUUGGCGGAGGUGAGAAAUUUCUUUGAGUGUCCAACCCUGGAGGGUGCGGAGUUGGAGAAUCAAGAAGGCAAUGGUUGUAGCAUCAUCGGAUCCCAUUGGGAGCAGCGUGUCUUCGCGGGCGAGAUAAUGUCUCCUGUUUCGACGGAAAGGUUGGUGAACACCUACGUAUCACGAGUCAGUCUUGCCGUUUUCCAGGAUUCGGGUUGGUACCAAGCCGAUAUGUCUGCAGCUGAUCCAUUGGUGAAGGGUGUUCAUUGGGGCUACAAGCAGGGCUGCAAUUUUGCGACGGCAAAAUGCGUCGACAACGAUGUGCCUGUCUCAAAAGUCUUCUGCAGUGCUGACAAUCAAGUAAGCUGCUCAUUGGAUCGCAAAGCCGUCGUGACGUGUGAGAUUGGUUCUGCAUAUAAUUCUUUACCGGCAGUCUAUUCCUACACAAGCAGCUUGAGGUUGGGAGGGUCACCAGAAAUGGACUACUGUCCGCACUUUGCCAUUGGUCUCAGCAAUCGUAUUUGCACCAGCAACGCAAGUCUCACGGUGCCUUUCACGAACGUGAAUUUUAUGCGCGAAGUCUUCUCCGAGCAAAGCCGGUGCUUCAUGAGCACCUUGCACGCCGAUGCUCCCGCCAUAGGUGGAGGCGCCUUCGAGGCUCCUUCAGAUCAGUUCACAGAUGCCAGGCCUGUAUGCUACAAUGUCGAGUGUGCAACUGAUGGCUCUAGCUACGACUUGAAGGUGGAGGAUCUUUCAACCGCAAGCGCCCUGAUGCUAUUGGGGACAUGUUUUUUAGAAGGUCAAUCCUUGACCAUGCAGGGUGGAGGCACUGCUUCAUGGGAGACCCUACAGACGCUCUAUCUGGAUGGACGAGUAGCAGCCACUUUAUGUGGCCCGCCGUGUGAAACCUUCAGCGAAGCCAGAUUUACGGAGGCCCCCGAUGCCGACACCCACUGGCCCAGGCCAUUGCGAUCAGCAGAUCGCCUAUUCGGCCUCGAGGGACUCACUAUGAAGGAGCUGAAACAGUGCUCCGCGGUCAAGCCGACCGGACUUCUGACGUGGGCAAUGCCGUUUUUCCCAAGAGACCUGUAUGACAAGGCUCUCGACGGCGCUGGUUGGCGCGUUCUACUCCACCAGUUCAGCCUGCCCAGAAAGAGUGGAUCUCUUCUGCGGCGCUUGCGAGUGAGAUUAUCAGGGCCGAUGCACAGUGGCUCCGUGAGCUGCGCAGAUCCGGCAGAGGUUUGUUCUGAUUUGACCCCAAAGCACGUGAGUGCAGGACUGACCACGUCGACCACAUCGACUACAUCGACUACAUCGACCACAUCGACCACUUCCACAACAGGUGGUUCGAGUAGCACGUCAACGACUUCCACAGGCACAGAUGGUUCGACUUCCCAAAGUGCAUCAUCGACAGGCAAUCCUGGCGACACAACCACCACCACCCUUACAACGUCAGUGACGCUCGAUGAAAUAGAGUCAAUAGGUUGGGCAAAGCAAAGCGCGUGCUUUCUGACGGAGCUGAACCUCAUUGCAUUUUUGCUUCCUUUGACUUGGAGCUGA